UGUAAUAUAAGAAUAGCGAGGCUGUCAGCCUUAUAAUAAAAUCCCAUAAUUCCAAGAGCAGACAUUGCUAAGAUUUAGAGGAGGUUUUAGAUAAGAGAAGGGAAAGAGAUGAGCUGGAGUAGUGUAGCUCCGCUUCUAUCUGUAACUCCUUCAAAACUUGACUCAUCCUCUUCCUUCCUGCCUUCUUCUUCCUCUUCGGUUUCAAGUGUUAGGGUUUCGUUAAGCUUGUCAUGGAGAUUUAGACCAACUAGUAUCAGAUACCUUUCUUCAUCUUCGUCAUCUUUGUCGUUAAGAAAGCAAAUAUGCAGAGCAGCAGAAUACAAAUUUCCCGACCCAAUUCCUGAAUUUGCUGAUGAAGAGACAGAAAAGUUUAGGACCCAUCUCCUGAAUAAGCUUUCCAAGAAAGAUUUGUAUGAAGACUCUGUUGAAGAGGUCGUUGGGAUCUGCACUGAGAUAUUUAGUACUUUCUUGCACACCGAGUAUGGUGGUCCUGGGACACUCUUGGUAGUUCCUUUCAUUGAUAUGGCUGAUACUCUGAAUGAGCGUGGAUUACCUGGUGGACAGCAAGCUGCGCGUGCAGCAAUCAAAUGGGCACAAAAUCAUGUUGACAAGGACUGGAAUGAAUGGACUGGUGACAAAAAUUAACAGAAAGCUCAUGUUCUGCAAGAUUGUUUCUCUGUAGUUUGCUAGUGUAAGCAUAGGUUAUAUAUAGAGUUAGCCAAGCAGUUUUGAUUCCUGUUAUGCUUGUAAAACUGAUGACGAGGGAAAAAUUCGAAAGUCAAUUAGUUGCCUUUUGUUGUAAUGUUAUGCUGUGAAAAUGUACUCCUGGGGGAUGGGAGUGUCUACUUGAAGGCUUUUGGUCCAACCAUCAAUGAAAAGCUGCUCUUUCUACCUUAUGAUCU